AACCAGCCGCCCGCCCUGGCGCUGGAACCCGAACCCGAGCUAGAGCUGAAGCUGCGGCUCGUCGCCCGCCUGCCGGCGCCGGGCUCUCCCUACGGGUGGUGCGGCCGAGCCCCCGGGGCCAUAGGGGGUGCGAGGCCAGAGAGUGGAAGGAGCUCAUGCCGCCGCUGAGCUGGGACCGGUCCCCCGCGUCCUAAACCGAGGCCCGGAGCCGUCACCGUUGCCGCCGCAACCGCGAGGGACUAGGACAAGCGCGGAGCAGCGCCUACGCGGACACCGGAUCGCGCGCCCAGGCCCACCGCCCAGACUCGGACGGCACGGUCCGCCCCGGCCGCAGAGCCUCUGGGUCUCAGCCCGACACGCGACCUCCACGCCCCAGCACCCCCGGCCCACUCCCUCCGCGGCGCCCUUCUCCGCCUCCACCUCCGCCUCUGCCCUCGCCUCUGCCUUCGCCCCCGCUCCGUCCACGGCCGGAGCCGCGGCCCCACAAACCUCAGCCCCGGCCCCGGAGGCCCAGCCGCGGGCACAAUGCUGCCCAGCUCCAUCCAGAUUUCCGGAGAGCCGCUGUCAGGUGCCGAGGUGCGGGACAUCUGCCGCGGCCUGCGCGACAACGCCGUGCGCCUGCUCUCACUGCGCGGCUGCCGCCUCUGCGACCGCGACUUCGGCCGCAUCUGCCGAGCCCUGGCCGGGGCCACGUCUCUGGCGCAGCUCAACCUUAACCUGGGCGUCGUGUCCAGCCCCAGCCGCAUCAAGCAGCUGGCGGAAGCGCUGCGGACCAACCGCUCCAUCCAGUCCCUCUUCCUGCAUGGGAGCCCCCUGACAGAUGCUGGACUGGCCUUGCUGAACCCAGCCCUGGCCCUCCACCCUGCCCUCGUGGCUCUGGACCUGGGGGACUGCAUGCUGGGUGAUGACGCCAUCAACCUCAUCUGUGGCCUCCUUCCCCCCGACGGGGCUAAGUCAGGCUUGAAGGAACUAACGCUGAGUGCCAACCCCGGCAUCACUCCUAAGGGCUGGAGCCGCCUCGCCAUUGCCGUGGCUCACAGCUCCCAGGUUCGCGUCCUCAACCUGGACUACAAUCCCCUGGGUGACCAUGUGGCAGGAAUGCUGGCUGUAGCUGUGGCUUCCAGUCGUACCCUGGAGGUCCUGGACUUGGAGGGUACAGGGCUCACCAACCAGUCAGCUCAGACUCUGCUCGACAUGGUAGAAAAUUAUCCCACGGCUUUGCGGAGCCUAGUGUUGGCUGAGAACAGCAUUAGCCCGGAGCUGCAGCAGCAAAUCUGUGACCUCCUCUCUGAAGGGGAGGAGGAGGAGGAGGUGGCAGCAGGGGCUGGUGACACCCAGGAGCAGGAUAAAGGGCGGGAGCCUGCUGUCCACCAAAGGGGCAGCAGCUCCUGGAUGUGCCCCAGCGAUCCCAGCUCUCAGAUGGUGCUAAUGACGUCAGGACUAGGGGACAGUCUUUUGGCGGAGACAGAGAUGUGAUCCUCCACUUGGGCUUCUGUGCAUCGCUACAUGUCUGUCUACAGCACCUUGUCCCAGAUAGCAGGGUCAGGCCCUGGGGCUUGGGGGGGAGUGGCAGGGGUGAUGCCUGGGGCUCUGGCAGUUCCUGGUAUGGUGAGAAGCUCUGGAAGCUGUGACUGGGCAACCGCCUUGAGGGGCAGUUGAACCCAAGGCGUUGCCUCUGAACUUAUUGGCAGCUCUGGCUGCAGCCCGCUGGCUCGGAAGAGAUUUUAUGAACUCCA